GCCUUUUCCGUCCUUUUUCAACCUUGACAAGACAAUUACUUCAACGACGACACAUGGCAACCACCAAAGAACCUGCUACUGCUGCCGUUGCAGAAUCGAAUACUGCUGAUGCUCCAGCUGCCACUGAUUCUGCCUCCGAGAUUGACAUUUCUCAGUAUACUCCAGUAACUGAAGGCAAAGCAACCAUUCUUUUCCCCAAAGGCAAUGAAGUAUUCUAUAACCCCGUACAAGAAUUCAACCGCGACAUGUCUAUUGCUGCCAUUCGGACAUGGAGCGAAAUCUUUUUGGGCGAAAAACGAGCUCGUAUUGAAAAGAAAGUCGCCAAUGCCAAAGACGAAAAGGCAAAGGAAGAAGCAGAGAAGCAUCUUCAAAACUAUAUCGACACGCAAUCGUUUACGAUUCUCGAAGCUCUGUCAGCAAGUGGUUUGAGAUCGAUUCGAUAUGCCAAAGAAAUUCCCAACUUGAAGCAAGUAACUGCGAAUGAUCUGGAAGCAGAAGCUGUCGAAUCCAUCAAACGCAACGUCAAAUAUAACAACUUGACAGAAGAACUUGUGCGACCUAAUCAGGGCGAUGCCAUGCAGGUCAUGUAUAGCGCUAUUGGAAACGCAAAGAAAUUCGACGUGGUGGAUUUGGAUCCCUAUGGUUCGGCUGCUCCAUUCAUUGAUGGUGCUGUUCAGGCUGUAUCGGAAGGAGGACUUUUGUGUGUAACAUGCACUGAUUUGGCGAUUUUGACUGGCUCAAUGCAUCCGGAAACUUGCUUUGGCAAGUACAACGGUAUGCCUUUGAAGGGAAUGUUCCCACAUGAAAUGGCAUUGCGUCUUGUGCUCAACACUUUACAAACUUCUGCUGGACGAUACCGCCGCCAUAUUGUUCCGCUCAUGUCAUGCAGCAUUGAUUUCUACUUGCGUGUCUUUGUUCGUGUUUACACAUCCCCACAAGGCGUAAAAAAGGCCGCAAGCAAAACCGCCGUUAUGUACGAGUGCUCUGGCUGCCAUUCUUAUGCUGUACAACCACUAGGCAAGAUUCAGGUUAAGGAUAACGGUCAGGAGCGACACGUACCUGGUAGCGGACCACCUGUUGAUGAGAAGUGCAGAAACUGUGGCAACACCCAUCAUGUUGGUGGACCUGCAUGGGGCGCACCAUUGCAUGACAAAGAGUUUGUAAACAAAAUGUUGGAACAUGUCAAGGCAAAUGAAUCCAACUAUGGUACCAACACACGUAUGAAGGGCAUGUUGACUGUCAUUAGCGAAGAAUUAGAUGCUCCACUGUACUGGACUCUGCAAAGGCUCUGUGGCACUCUACAUUGCACUAGUAUUCCUUUGAUGGAUCUCAACUCGGCUAUCCUCAACGCAGGUUACAAGGUAUCUGGUUCUCAUUGUGGACCAGCAACCAUUAAAACCGAUGCACCUUCACAUGUCAUGUGGGAUAUCUUGCGCGCCUUCGUCAAGAAGCAUCCUGUCACUAUGGCCAACAUUGCAGAAAAUUCCCCAGCCCGCGCCAUUCUAGCCAAAGAAUCAAGUAUCGAAGUCAAAUUUAAACGUCAUCCUCAAGCCGUUCCUCAAUCCCAAUCCAUCAAACUUGUACGGUAUCAAAUUAAUCCUACGGCCAAUUGGGGUCCCAAAGCACGCGCUGGGAAAAAGAGAAAGCAAGCGGACGAGUAAUACAAUUAUAUGAAUAAUAUAUUUACAGUUGCAUAUACGCGCAACCAAACACACCAUCCACAUCAUUCUUUAUAUUUUCCUCAAUUUGUAAUAAACAUACUAGC